GCCGGCGGCGUGCGCAGGCGCGCGGUGGGGAGAUGGCGGCGACGUCGGGGGACGGGGACGACUCUCUGUACCCGAUCGCGGUGCUGAUCGACGAGCUGAGGAAUGACGACGUGCAGCUCCGUCUCAAUAGCAUCAAGAAGCUGUCCACCAUUGCACUGGCUCUGGGCGUGGAGAGAACACGCAAUGAACUGCUGCCCUUCUUAACAGAUACCAUCUACGAUGAAGACGAGGUGCUGCUUGCCCUGGCUGAGCAGCUGGGAUCGUUCACCACCCUGGUGGGAGGCCCAGCGCACGUCCACUGCCUGCUGCCCCCGCUGGAGAGCCUGGCCACAGUGGAAGAGACGGUGGUGCGGGAGAAGGCAGUAGAAUCGCUGCGCGCCAUCUCGAAGGAGCACUCUCCCUCGGACCUGGAGCGCCACUUCGUGCCUCUGGUCAAGCGCCUCGCCAGUGGCGACUGGUUCACCUCCCGGACCUCAGCCUGCGGGCUCUUCAGUGUGUGUUACCCGCGGGUCUCCAACACGGUCAAGGCCGACCUCCGGCAAAACUUCAAGCAUCUCUGCACAGAUGACACUCCCAUGGUCAGGCGCGCGGCUGCUUCCAAACUGGGCGAGUUUGCAAAAGUCCUGGAGUUGGAGAACAUCAAGUCUGAGAUCAUGCCCAUGUUCACCAACCUAGCCACGGACGAGCAGGACUCGGUGCGGCUGCUGGCGGUGGAGGCGUGCGUCAGCAUCGCGCAGCUCCUGAAGCGCGAUGAGGUGGAGAAGAUGGUGAUGCCCACCCUGCGCCAGGCCAUGGAGGACAAGUCGUGGCGCGUGCGCUACAUGGUGGCGGACAAGUUCACCGAGCUGCAGAGAGCGGUCGGCCCCGAGAUCACCAAAACAGACCUGCUUCCGGUCUUCCAGAACCUCAUGAAGGACGACGAAGCGGAGGUCCGGACGGCUGCCGCCCAGAAGGUCAAAGAGUUCUGCGAGAACCUGCCCAAGGAUGUUCGGCAGCAGAUGAUCAUGAGCCAGAUCCUACCCUGUGUCAAAGAGCUGGUCUCGGACGGCAACGAGCACGUGAAAUCGGCUCUCGCUUCCGUCAUCAUGGGCCUCUCUCCCAUCCUGGGGAAGGACGGCACCGUGGAGCACCUCCUGCCCCUCUUCCUGGCACAGCUGAAGGACGAGGACUCCUGA